CAGACCCUGUCUCCAACUCCUAUGGUGAUAUCCCGCUGGAUGAGUCGGCACCCGACCUGCUGGCGUCCGAUUCCCCAUCGUCGUCACCGGCCCAGUCACAGCAUCAGCAACACCAACAGCACCAGCAACAACAACAGCAACAACAACAACAGCAUCAGCAACAGCAUCAACAACAACAGCACCAGCAACAACAGCACCAGCAACAACAGCACCAGCAACACCAACAGCACCACCAUCUGGCCGGCCUGCUCCACCGGCAUCAGCUACAGCAGCACCACCAAGAACAGCAAGUGCUAGACACCAACCCCCUCGCCUUCGUACCGCAGUCUCACACCCCGUACAACACGAUACCGGAAGGGGAAAUUGUAGGCCAUUACGAUUAUGCUAAUGAAGGGGUUCCGGUUCUGAUAUCACAGCCUCGUUCUGAAAUGAGGACGGGUCCAGGUGGCAGGGGUGCUGGCAGGGUGAUGGAGGGAGUUUCGGUGAAGAAAGGAUGGAAGAGGAAGAGGGAAGAAAAGAACGAUGACGCGGCGGCGCGUCAGCAGAGUAAGCUGGACGCCACCCAGAGGUGUGACGUCUGCGGGGAGCAGGCGAGUGGACAUUACUUUGGAGCUUUAGUUUGCUUGCCGUGUAAGGUAAGCUGGUCAAGGAAUAUGUUUAGUUUUAUUGCCCUGUAAAGUAAGUAGGUCAAGGAAAAUGUUGUAUUUGCUUGCUGUGUAAGGUAAGUGGGUCGGGAAAAAAGGUUUUGUUUUCUUGCCAUGUAAGGUAAGUAGGAGCCAGAAUGAUCAAUUCAUUGAUCGUGGGCCCUCAAAAUAAAGAAGAAGAGAAGUAGGUCAAGGAAUAUGUUUAUUUUGCUUAUCGUGUAAAGUAAGUAGGUCAAGGAGUAUGUUUAGUUUGAUUGUCAUGUAAAAAUAAGAAGGUCAAGGAAUAUGUUUACUUUGCUUGCUGUGUAAAUUAAGUAGGUCACGGAAUAUGUUUACUUUGCUUGCCCUGUAAGGUAAGUAGGUCAAGAAAUAUGUUUAGUUUGCUUGUGUAAGGUCAGUAGGUCAACAAAUAUGAUUAGUUUGCUUGCCGUGUAAGGUAAGUCAAGGAUUAGGUUGUUUCCUUCGCCAACAUUGGCACAGCAUGUUCUUAGGGGCGAAUUCAUUUAAAAAUUUAAUUGGGGGCUGGCUAACAACGAUAGCGAAACAAAUCUAGAGGUCUUCUUUAAAAUGUUUUAAAAUUAUUCCCCCCCCCCCUCUUAUUUUCCCCGGAAACACAACAUAUGUCACUCAUUUAACGGGUAUUUCAAGGAUAAUACGAAAUCUUCCAUAAUCCAUUCAAAAAUAUUUUUUUAAGUUAACAUAAAAAAAAAACAACGUAAAUCGGCAAAUUUUUAUUUGCAAUGUUGAUUUUCAUGCAAGACUUCAAAUAGCUAAGUAAGUCAUUCAACUAAGCAAGUCAUUUAGCUAAACAAGUCAUUUAAUUAAGCUAGUCAUUUAACUAAGCAGGUCAUUCAUCUAAGCUAGUCAUUUUAACUACGCAAGUCAUUUAACUAGGCAAGUCAUUUAACUAAGCAAGCAAGUCAUUUAGCUAAGCAAGUCAUUUAGCUAAGCCAGUCAUUUAACUAAGUAAGUCAUUUAAUUAAGCAAGACAUUUAACUAAGCCAGUCAUUUAACUAAGCUAGUCAUUUAACUAAGCAAGUCAUUUAACUAAGCAAUUCAUUUAACUAAGCAAGUCAUUUAACUAGGCAAGUCAUUUAAUUAAGCAAGUCAUUCAACUUAGCAAGUCAUUUAACUAAGCAAGUCACUUAACUAAGCAAGUCAUUGAACUAAGCAAGUCAUUGAACUAAGCAAGUCAUUUAACUAAGCAAGUCAUUUAACUAAGCAAGUCAUUUAACUAAGCAAGUCAUUUAAUUAAGCAAGUCAUUUAACUAAGCAAGUCAUUUACCUAAGCUAGUCAUUUAACAAGCAAGUCAUGUAACUAAGCAAGUCAUUUAGCUAAGCAAGUAAUUUAGCUAAGCCAGUUAUUUCACUAAGUAAGUUAUUUACCUAACCAAGUCAUUUACCUAAGCUAGUCAUUUAACUAAACAAGUCAUUUAACUAAGCAAGUAAUUUAACUAGGCAAUUCAUUUCACUAAGCAAGUUAUUUAACUAAGCAAGUUCAUUUAGCUAAGCCAGUCAUUUAACUAAGCCAGUCAUUUAACUAUGUAAGUCAUUUAACUAAGCAAGUCAUUUAACUAAGCCAGUCAUUUAACUAAGCCAGUCAUUUAACUAAGCAAGUCAUUUAAUUAAGCAAGUCAUUUAAUUAAGCAAGUCAUUCAAUUAAGCAAGUCAUUUAAUUAAGCAAGUCAUUUAGCUAAGCAAGUCAUUUAACUAAGCAAGUCAUUUAGCUAAACAAGUCAUUUAAUUAAGCUAGUAAUUUAACUAAGCAGGUCAUUCAUCUAAGCCAGUCAUUUUAACUACGCAAGUCAUUUAACUAAUCCAGUCAUUUAACUAAGCAAGUCAUUUAACUAAGCAAGUCAUUUAAUUAAGCAAGUCAUUUAACUAGGCAAGUCAUUUAAUUAAGCAAGUCAUUUAAUUAAGCAAGUCAUUCAAUUAAGCAAUUUAUUUAAUUAACCAAGUCAUUUUACUAAGCAAGUCAUUUAACUAAGCAAGUCAUUUAGCUAAACAAGUCAUUUAAUUAAGCUAGUAAUUUAACUAAGCAGGUCAUUCAUCUAAGCCAGUCAUUUUAACUACGCAAGUCAUUUAACUAAGCAAGUCAUUUAACUAAGCAAGCUAUUUACCUAACCAAGUCAUUUACCUAAGCUAGUCAUUUAACUAAGCAAGUCAUUUAACUAGGCAAGUCAUUUAACUAAGCAAGUCAUUUGGCUAAGCCAGUCAUUUAACUAAGCAAGUUAUUUACAUAACCAAGUCACUUACCUAAGCUAGUCAUUUAACUAAGCAAGUCAUGUAACUAGGCAAGUCAUUUAACUAGGCAAGUCAUUUAACUAAGCAAGUCAUUUAGCUAAGCAAGUCAUUUAGCUAAGCCAGUCAUUUAACUAAGCCAGUCAUUUAACUAAGUAAGUCAUUUAAUUAAGCAAGACAUUUAACUAAGCCAGUCAUUUAACUAAGCCAGUCAUUUAACUAAGCAAGUCAUUUAACUAAGCAAUUCAUUUAACUAAGCAAGUCAUUUAACUAGGCAAGUCAUUUAAUUGAGCAAGUCAUUUAACUAAGCAAGUCAUUUAACUAAGCAAGUCAUUUAACUAAGCAAGUCAUUGAACUAAGCAAGUCAUUGAACUAAGCAAGUCAUUGAACUAAGCAAGUCAUUUAACAAAGCCAGUCAUUUAACUAAGCAAGUCAUUUAACUAAGCAAGUCAUUUAAUUAAGCAAGUCAUUUAAUUAAGCAAGUCAUUCAAUUAAGCAAGUCAUUUAACUAAGCAAGUCAUUUAACUAAGCAAGUCAUUUAACUAAGCAUGUCAUUUAACUAAGCAAGUCAUUUAACUAAACAAGUCAUUUAAUUAAGCAAGUCAUUUAACUAGGCAAGUCAUUCAAUUAAGCAAGUCAUUUAAUUUAGCAAGUCAUUUAAUUAUGCAAGUCAUUUAACUAAGCAAGUCAUUUAAUUAAGCAAGUCAUUUAACUAAGCCAGUACAUUUGACUUUUGUGGAACAGGGAGAAUGUUGCUUGCUAAUUCUAAAAGACAUGUUCAUCAAUUAGCUGAUUUUUAAGAAAGUUCGUUAACUUAUGCAAAGAGGCCACCGUCUGAAGUCUCCGCUGACCACUCAGGUGGCCAUUGGUUGAUGACAGUCUCAUUUACAUACUAUGUCAUGAGAUUGUGUCUCCGUAAAUAGAUGCGCCUAUGCUGACCGUGGUUUUCCGCAACUGGCGUGCACUUUAAAUGCCGUCUAACGUCUCAUUUAUAUAAUUAUUUAAUAAUUUAUAUAAUUAUAUAUUGACCGUGGGCAGCUUUUACGCCGGGUCCGGGUAUUAUGAAAAAAACCACCGUGCCUGGUGGGUCCAAGUAUUACAGAAAAGUUCAACUUCUCAUUUUGCAUAAUAUAUGCCAGCCUUUAAAAAAAUGUUCUAUAGACAGUCCUACACCAUACCUGCCGGCCUUUAAACAGUACGCCCACAGAUAGCCCUACACCCUAGCUACAGGCCUUAAAGCAAUAGUCCUACAGACAGUCCUAUACCCGAACUGCCAGCCAUUAAAUAAUAGGCCUACAGACAGUCCUACAGACAGUCCUGGAGAAAGUCCUCCAGACAGUCCUACAGCAUACCCGUGGCUCUGUAUUGAUAGUCGCUCAGAAAAAAUGCAUUCUUUUUACCCGAGUUCAACCGUCACGCAAACUGGGUUUCUUUCAGCUAUAUCUCCGGGGGGGGGGGCAGUGCCCCCCGGGAAAGCCAGGUGCCCCCCCCCGAGCAAAAAUAUGUCUCACAAUAAAUCAACUGGAACUAGUGCCCCCCCCCGGGGAAAAUUUCUCAAAGGAACACUGCACGCAUACCGCUUGCUGCGUGACAUCUUUUUUCACUCAGUGCUAUUAAUAUACAACUUUUAAGUAAAAAGUGGGGGGGGGGGCGGUUGUGAAAAGGAAGCAGCCAUACCAGAAGCAAAGUAUAUAUAAGACAUAAGAGAAGCUAUAACGAAUACUUUUUUUUUAAUUUAAAAAACUUGUCAGAGCUCAGCAUUCAUUUUAAUGUUAAGAUUUCAUAUACGCUCAUAGAUUCUGAAAAUACAUACUGAAAUUAUUCAUCUCGUAAACACAACUAAGAAAACGCAAUAAUUGUUUUUUGUCACUCUCUUUCAAACGUCACUUUAAAAGCGAAUACAAUUAUUUCGGAUUCUUGCGCCAUCGACCGAAAUUCUCUAAAGAACAAACUUAAACAGAAAACUGCGGCACGGUUACAUCUUCGUGUGGGUAAGAGUUGCCCCUCUAACCCCUGCCUCCUCCCCCAGACUUUGCCCAUGCAAUAAAAGACGAUGCCUUCCCGUGUUUUCCGCUUCUGUGAGUUGCAUGGCUUCUCCCUGGAAACUUGACCGUUGCCACGCGCAGAAAGCAGAGCAGACCAGUUUGGCCUUCAAUCAGCCAGGAAGCCCCACGACCGCCAUCACACCCGAUGUGUUACAAGAACCGACUUGCUGACAUGUUUCCCUAGAAUUUCUCUAAUUGCCAGAAAGCUAAUUAUUACGUUCCUUUUUUUUAAAAUAUAAAUUUAAAUCCUUGUUUUUAAAGUGAUGUGCAAUAAUGAAACGGGGGGGAGGGGGGGGAGGGGGGGCAGCUAUUAAAAAUAAAAAAAAAAAAGAUAAUAUGCUUUUAUUGAAACAAAUAAAUAUAUUUUUGUUAUAUUGCGUUGUACAUAUUCAUUUAUUUGUCAUAUAAAUAAAUGCAUUUUUUAAACAAAACAUUUUACAGUUAAAACAAUUUAAGCACAAGACAUAGGGGCAUUUCUCUAGCGUAAAGAAAUCAGCCGACAAUUAUCCCUUUGGUGACAAUAAUGCUUCAAUUAGUAAUCAUUUAGAUUUAGUAACUGCUUUGGGGAGUGGGGGAGUGGGGGGCGGACCAUGCUGGUAAAUUCGUACAGACUGGGUUAAAAAAUACUGUUUAUAUCUUUUGGUUCUUACUUUAAAAGAAAGAAAUCGCCCUGAUCGAGCUGACCUUAGGUAUCUGUGAUGAAGAGGGUGGGAUGUGAUCUUAACGACUAAUUGACCCACUUCUCCUCAAGCUAUCGAGCUGAAACUUGGAAGAUAGACGUGAAUCCGAUGACAACGCAUUCUUUCACAUUUUCAACCCACCCCCAAACCCCAAAAAAAAGUUUUUCCCUGUCUUUCAAGGGGGAGACAAAAUAAAAGUCCCGGUAACUGCGCUAAAUGAGAAUCUUUCUUUUUACACAAAAUAUCGCAAUUGCGUAAUAUUUUCUUUUGUUUUUUAUAAAAUAGUUGGUGAAAUAAAUCUGCGGCGUAAAGCUGGUGGGCCAUUAGAAUAUGAACAUGGUUCAGUCAGGGGCGAGGAAGAAAUGUACGGUUGCGAGCCUGGGGGGAUUAAUAGGGAAAAAAGUUUUAAGGGAUGUUUAAUUAAUUUUAAAAAUAACUAUCUUAACAGAUAUAUUAAUAUUUAAUAUUUACCUCGACUGAAAGCAAUUCUAAAAGAAAUUCCUAGUUAAUAUAUGUAUUCCAUUUCCAGCAACCAAAAUUUUUCAUACUUUUUCAGUGUUUAGUAUCCCAACAAAUAUACAAGUGGUUAUAUUGCAAAUCUUAAUGUUUUAUCUUUCAUUAGAUAAUGUGAAUAAUAAAAGGGUGCCAUCCUCACCUUGUCUUAAACGGCGUGUCCAGUUGCCACCCUCACCCUGUCUUGGACGGCCUGUCCAGUUGCCACCCUCACCUUAUCUUGGACGGCCUGUCCAUUUGCCAUCCUCACCUUAUCUUGGACGGCCUGUCAAUUUGCCAUCCUCACCUUAUCUUGGACGGCCUGUCCAGUUGCCACCCUCACCCUGUCUUCGACGGCCUGUCCAUUUGCCAUCCUCACCUUAUCUUGGACGGCCUGUCCAGUUGCCAUCCUCACCCUGUCUUAAACGGCCUGUCCAGUUGCCACCCUCACCCUGUCUUGGACGGCCUGUCCAUUUGCCAUCCUCGCCUUAUCUUGGACGGCCUGUCCAUUUGCCAUCCUCACCCUGUCUUGGACGGCCUGUCCAGUGAAUAAGGCGCGCUAAUCUUUGUUUGAACAAACUAUCCACACAAAAAAUCCGGUCUGUGUCACCCGUUCAAAUAAGGUUCGAACAUGAUCAAUCGGGUCACGUCGAGGGUGGGGACGCUUGGGUUUGGUGAUGUGUGUUGGUUUUGGGGGGUGGGGGGGGUAUCGUGCGGCAGAUAAUAUUCACGUCAAGCUAAAAGAUUAAGCUACAAUAGGUAAUUUUGACAUACUUUUGAGAUUUGUUAAAAAUUUGCUUUUAAUUUUUUUGUUAACUUUAAUAAUUUUACUAAAUUAACGUUUUCGUUUAUCAAAUUUCAGUAAGGUUCAUUCUCGUGGUAAUAUUUGGCAAUAGUUUUCAAUGUGAAAAAGAGAUCAUUGAUUCUUACACAAACAACACUAAAAUUUAGGUGGCUUAGAAUUAUCAAAUAGCUCGGUCAACCGAUUGUAAGUUAACUAAAACCUACACAGAUGUAAGUUAAGAUCCAGCAACGUGAAGAUAAUCUCUAAUGUGACCUGAUUAUAUCUUGUGUUUAACCUGUUAGUUGCGUCACGGCAUACAUUAUACAUAACAGAAAAUUUAGACUUUCCACGGCCAAUCUAUUUUUGGAAUAUUCGAUGUCAGAUCAGUUCACGUGAAGAAGUCAGUACAUGAAAUAUUGAAAUUAAGGUCGAAGCCAUGAUGAGCAAGUUUGGAUGUGGUCUUCUUUUUUUUUCCAUUUCGACAUUUUUUUCCCCAAAAUGUAUCUAUAUCCGCUAAUGUUAAGCAGAUGAAAUUCGGUAAACAGCUAAAUGACUAGAAUAUUUUAAUUAAUCUUUGAACUGUUGACGGAUUAUUCAGUUACCGAUUCUGCAAAGUAUUGUUUAACCAAAUAUAGUUGUGUGCAUCUGCUAUUGAACGCUAAGAGAUCUAUAAAAGUUCAAUCAUUACCCAUAACUACAUUUUACUCAUACGUUGAUGUAAGCUUGCGAGCACCUUUUUGGCCCACCAUACCGCCAAAUGUCUCCCCCUCUUGCCGCCCCCCCCCCACUAUUUCAAGCCGCUUAAGAACGGUACAUUUAAAUCCAAUGUUUUAUUACUAAUACUUUAAUCUAUCACUUGCCUUGGGUUACCACAACAAGUACAACAACAAAAGAAAUGUAAGUUGGAACGUCCACAAGAUUAAUGUUUUUUUUUGUUUGUUUUUUUUUAAAUUAUAAUUUAUUUUCUUUUUUUUUUUUCAAAGUCUUUAACUUGGUUUUAAUUAAGUAGGUUAAAGUUUCAUAUUUUGACACUUUUCAUAAUCACAUCGUAUGAAAUAAUGUGGUGCAGGAAGACGACAAUUAAGUGCAUGAAUUAAAAUAAAUUGCUUCCUUUGUGCUUCCUUGGUUGCCUUGUACAAUACAAAUUGGUGCACAUUUCAAUGCCCCCCCCCCCCCUUUCCCCCGUGCUAUGCAGCUAUAGACUUUAAACGUACAACCAACAGAUCACAAAAUGUUUGGAUUCUUUCAAAUAUGGCCGACUCAACUAAUUUUAGUGAAUUUUUCCUUUGCCUCCAAAGAGUUUCUUCAUUCGCUGCACCAAAGAUGGCCGGCCCAAUUUCAGCAACCAAUGUGGUGGGAAAUGUGACGUGCUGAAGGGAGGGAGGGUCAGGUGUCAGCACUGCAGGUUCCAGAAAUGUAUCACGGCUGGAAUGUACAGGAAAGGUAAAUAGAUCAAUAGUCAAGAUCAGUUAGUUCAAUGUUUGGUUAAAUCAUAUUUUAACAUUAGUUGACUUAGGCGAGCUGGUUAAUUAGUUGACCUGGGUGAUCUGUUUAAUUAGUUGACUUGGGUGAUCUGUUUAAUUAGUUGACUUUGGUGAGCUGGUUAAUUAGUUGACUUGGGGGAUCUGUUUAAUUAGUUGACUUGGGUGAUCUGUUUAAUUAGUUGACCUGGGUGAUCUGUUUUAUUAGUUGACUCGGGUGAUCUGUUUAAUUAGUUGACUCGGGUGAUCUGUUUAAUUAGUUGACUUGGGUGAUCUGUUUAAUUAGUUGACUUGGGUGAGCUGUUUAAUUAGUUGACUUGGGUGAUCUGUUUAAUUAGUUGACUUGGGUGAGCUGUUUAAUUAGUUGACUUGGGUGAUCUGUUUAAUUAGUUGAUUCGGGUGAUCUGUUUAAUUAGUUGACUCGGGUGAGCUGUUUAAUUAGUUGACUUGGGUGAUCUGUUUAAUUAGUUGACUUGGGUGAUCUGUUUAAUUAGUUGACUCGGGUGAGCUGUUUAAUUAGUUGACUUGGGUGAUCUGUUUAAUUAGUUGACUUGGGUGAUCUGUUUAAUUAGUUGACUUGGGUGAUCUGUUUAAUUAGUUGACUUGGGUGAUCUGUUUAAUUAGUUGAUUCGGGUGAUCUGUUUAAUUAGUUGACUCGGGUGAGCUGUUUAAUUAGUUGACUUGGGUGAUCUGUUUAAUUAGUUGACUUGGGUGAUCUGUUUAAUUAGUUGACUUGGGUGAUCUGUUUAAUUAGUUGACUUGGGUGAUCUGUUUAAUUAGUUGAUUCGGGUGAUCUGUUUAAUUAGUUGACUCGGGUGAGCUGUUUAAUUAGUUGACUUGGGUGAUCUGUUUAAUUAGUUGACUUGGGUGAUCUGUUUAAUUAGUUGACUUGGGUGAUCUGUUUAAUUAGUUGACUCGGGUGAUCUGUUUAAUUAGUUGACUUGGGUGAUCUGUUUAAUUAGUUGACUUGGGUGAUCUGUUUAAUUAGUUGACUAGGGUGAUAUGUUUAAUUAGUUGACUUGGGUGAUCUGUUUAAUUAGUUGACUUAGGUGAUCUGUUUAAUUAGUUGACUUGGGUGAUCUGUUUAAUUAGUUGACUUAGGUGAUCUGUUUAAUUAGUUGACUCGGGUGAUCUGUUUAAUUAGUUGACUCGGGAGAUCUGUUUUAUUAGUUGACUUGGGUGAUCUGUUUAAUUAGUUGACUCGGGUGAUCUGUUUAAUUAGUUGACUUGGGUGAUCUGUUUAAUUAGUUGACUCGGGUGAGCUGUUUAAUUAGUUGACUUGGGUGAUCUGUUUAAUUAGUUGACUUAGGUGAUCUGUUUAAUUAGUUGACUUAGGUGAGCUGUUUAAUUAGUUGACUUAGGUGUUCAGUUUAAGUGAAAGACACACCGGUAAAAAAGUAAUCAUAAUUUAUCACAUUUUGGGUCAAUACAAUAUGUUUGUAAUAUGCAAGGGUUCUUAAACUCACGGCCUGUAGCGCACAUGCGGCCCUCUUAGUUGUAUCGUGUGGCAUGCAAAAUGAUUUUUUGCAUACUGUGGCGCCUGCUUUAAAUAGCGUAAAUUAAAAAAAAAAAAUUCUUAAUUAAACAAAAAAAGCUUUCAAAACAUUGUUUUCUAACAACUGUGUGUGUAUCUUAACCCCAGAAAAACCUGAAGCCGUUGAGCCGGCAGAGGGUCAGCUGUUGUGCAAAGUCUGCGGUGAUAUUGCCAAUGGUGUUCAUUUUGGUGUCACUACGUGUGAAGGUUGUAAGGUAAGUUCACCAUUAGAAAGUCAUUUUUUUUUUCAUUAUCUUAAAUCGUUAUUCACUUUUGUGUGUAUUUUAAAAAUUAUUUGAAGUUUUUUUGUUUUUUUUUCCAGCCUAACUCAAAAUAUAUUGACGUUUAAUACUGCAUAUGGAAUAUAGAAAUUUCUUCAUUGUGACAUUUGAUCGAACGAAAAUUUGGUCGAAUCUUUUUUUCACUUUUUACGUUAAAAUUUUCGUCAAAUUUGUUUUUGAACGCACUAUACUACAUAGUAAAACAAAAUAAUGCGUUCAAAAAGAAAUUCCAAGCAAAAUUUUAACGUAAAAACUGAAGAAAAAAAAAGAUUCGACCAAAUUUCCGUUCGAUCAAAUUACCUUCAAUCAUUUUUUUCCGGGGGGGGGGGGGGGGGGGGUGCAAUUAUUUUGUAACCGCAUCAUAAGUUUCACUUAAAAUUGUCAUUUCCCAACUGGACUAUUUCCACUUGUAACUGCCAUGCCAUUUUAUCACCUGGUAAUGUAUGGUUUCAUAAACAGACAUUUCCUUAUGUGUGCUCAUUUAAAAAUGUAGUGUAGGCCUACAUAGUUAUUCAUUUCUUUGAUGAACAGAAAUUCUUCCGACGUGGUCUCAAGGAGAACAAGGCUUACACCUGUAAGGCCAACAUGCACUGUUCCAUCAAUCCACGCAUGCGCAACAACUGCCGGUAUUGUCGUUACCAAAAGUGUAUAUACGAGGGAAUGUCGAGGGAAGGUGAGCUUCAUGGAUAUAAGUUAAAGAUAUUUGUAACAGAUCGUUUGUUUGUUUUUUUUUGUUUAGUUGUGAGUUACGUUAACCUUGGCAAGUUUCAUAGCAUCAUGUAUAAUUCAACUAUUACAGUAUUACCUCUUAGCGUUGACGUGUAUGGCGGCGUUGGUUGCUUCAUUCAGCACAAAGAGUUGAUUUUUUUUCCAAAUAAUAAACAUGCUUCACCUAUGUUAUGUCUUAGACUUAAAGAGGAUUCCACGCCGAAUAUUUGUUUCAUUUUCCGUACCAUUCACAAGUCCAACUGCCGGCAAUCCCCUUCGUCACUUCCGCCCGGUGUUUAAAUGUCAAGACGGUCAAUGUCGCGCGAGAGUAAGGGAGUGGAUCUGGGACAAGGGUUGGGCAAUCUUUCUCAGAAUACAUGACAGUGGGUGCAUCAAUUCUAAUUCUAAUAAUUAAAUUUUAUUUUUACCAAACAUAGAUUGUACGUUUUACUUUAGUGCUGCAUAAUCAUAAACCAAUGAGCAGCGAUGUGAGUCUUUUUUAAAAAAAGCAACAACAGAAGUUAUUAUUAUUAUUAUUUUAAUCAAAACUUUCUCUGUUUCUAAACCAGAGAAAUGAUGUGCUAAAUACGUUCACGAAAACGAACAUUAAAGUUGGGAUAGCCUCUAACGUUAUUAAUGAAAAGAAUCGUUAUUAAUGAAAAGAAUCCAUUUAUCGUUCCUUUCCAACAGCGAUACUGGCUGCGGAACACGUCAACUGACGUCAUAAAACUAUGGAAACAAUUUAACACAGAAUGUCGGACAAUAAAAAAAACAUAAAAUCAAAGUCGCAACUAGAAAUUCUGACGUUUAUUUCUAUUAUUGUUGUCCUAUUGCCCCACGAACAAUGAUCGAAACUGAGCUUUGGUGAAUUUCGUUAGAUCUUUUUUUUCUCUGCCCCUUUCUCUGAAGAUUUGACCAAGGGCCAUCCAAAUACCAAGUACGGGAAAAGGUUCAAUGUAACUGAAACAUAAAAUAUAACCGCAGCUCUUUGUUACAAGCGUUCUUGUUAUUUUAACUUCAACAAGAAAAUAUACGAACGAUUGUGAAUGCCAAAUCUCCUUUUAUUGUGAAUGUUUACUCACUAUUGUAAAUGUCUACUCUCUAUUGGGAAUGCCAACUCUCGACCCUUAAAGCUAACUUUAUUUUUGUAACACCUUAUCUUAACUAUCCCUAAUCCACAACGCUAGACGGUUUACAAAGACCAUACACAUUUCGCCUGCCCUCUAGAUUUAAUAUCCCCCGGCUUAAUUUUGCGCUUUACCUAAGACCCGGGACCUAAACGCGUUAGCAGCUCCAACAUGAUAUGGGGGUCCUCAAAUCAGACUGUGGCCAAUGUACACGGUAGUCGCAGACAUGCACACGUGUGCAACCACAGACAAACAAAGGUUGGCAACAACAGACAUACACAUGUAUGCAAUAUGCAACCACAGACAAAAAAAGUUUGGCAACAACAGACAUACACAUGUAUGCAAUAUGCAACCACAGACAAACAAAGGUUGGCAACAACAGACAUACACAUGUAUGCAAUAUGCAACCACAGACAAACAAGGUUGGCAACAACAGACAUACACAUGUAUGCAAUAUGCAACCACAGACAAACAAAGGUUGGCAACAACAGACAUACACAUGUAUGCAAUAUGCAACCACAGACAAACAAAGGUUGGCAACAACAGACAUACACAUGUAUGCAAUAUGCAACCACAGACAAACACAUGUAUGCAACCACAGACACGCACGUGUGUGCAACCACAGACACGCACGUGUAUGCAACCACAGACAAACUGUAUCAUAUUCAUGCAGGAACAGUGGACCCCCCCCCCCCCUCCUCGUGAAAUUCCCUUGAAUUUACAAUAGCUAAUGCACAGUUUUAUUUUUAAGGAUAGUUGUUAAAGGUCAGUCUGACAAUUUGGGGUGUCUUCCCUACGGAAAAGCUGGAUUCAUUUUUUUUUAAAUAAAUUAUAAAUAGAAUGGUUGCACUACGAAUAUAUCUGUUUGUUUUUUUUUGUUGUUUUUUUUUGUUGUUGUUGUUGUUUUGCUUUUUUAUUUUUAUUUAUUUAUUUUUUAUUUUAAAGAAAUUACUUUUUUUUUAAUGAAACCUACAACAAAGAAUAAGAAAUGAAUUGACAGAAGAACGAGUCUUGUCAUUCUAUCAUCUUAUCUUGGCGGGUCUUGUGUUUUAUCAGCGGUUUUUAGCUAGGGGGCAUUGCCGGAUCAAUAGCAAACAUCUGUCGAUUCUCCCCACGCUGUACAAAUAGUCAUUCUCAUUGAAGACAGGGAAAAUACGCCCUUCUUCGCAAUAUACCCCCAAAAUUGAUAAAGGGGGGAAAAGAAGUGGGAAAAAAGUGACAGUCCGUGUAGUUUUAUUACGCCUUAAACCGAGAAGAGACACACGUUUAAAAUGUUAUAAAGGUCUAGUAUUUUGACAUUGAAACCCGACGCAGCCACUACAGUCAUAGGGUACCGACACCGACACAGGGUCCGCCAAUGGCACUGAACCCCACUUUUUGUUUCCCAACCUUUUCUAUAUUUAUUAGUGUAAGUUAAAUUUACAUUAUAUAUAUAUAUAUAUAUAGGAUAUACAUAUGAAUUUAUAUAUGUAUGUAUAGGUAUAUUUAUGUGUGUGUAUAUAAGUGUGUAUAUGCUACCAAGAACCGUUAUGGAUGCUGCUGUAUUGUUACGACCCGAUUAUUAAUUAUCGGCCUGUGUCGAAAUUAAUAUUAAAAAUGCGAAUCAAAAGUGUUUUGAGUUGUUUUUUUUUUUUAUGAGGCUAACACAAAUGAUAUUUACCUCCCUUUUAUGGAUAAAAAUAAAAAAGUAAGUUAACAUUUAAGUGUGGUCAUAUUUGUGGGGGGGGGGUGGAGGAGGGGACGCUCAGAAUGCUGUGUUGUUUAAGCCCCACCCUUAAUUUUUCACGUGACUCAUAUCUUUAAAAAAAAAAAAAAAAUGGAUUUGAAUAUUUUGAUUUGGGAACUGUUAUCUAGGGGAUGGGGGAAAGCUCUUUGGUGAAGAGAAAGCCAAACUAUUCUAUAUUGCUUGUCCCUUUGUUAUUGUAGCUUUCAACUGAUGUCAACUUUUUUAAAAAAUGUCUACUUGGUGAAUUUAUAACAGGGGUUCUUAAACAGGGAUGCCCAAACACCCUGUGGGUACAAAAGGCAGUGUUGUGGGCUGGGGGAAGACCCCGAAAAUUGGAUUUUUAAAAUUAUUUGCAUAUGUGUACGUUAUUUUCUACCUUGGGGUGCAGGAAAUAUGUUUUGGUAUCGAGAUGGAUAUGGGGUAAAUUUUGAAAUCGAGAGGGGGUGUGGGGCUACAAAAAGGUUAAGAACCCCCUGGUUUAUAAUAUAUUUUUUAACGGUUCUUCGAUGUGUGGAGAAUCGAUGCAUAAUAAAAAUUAAACUUAUUUCAUGCUUUAAAAUUAAUUCCUGUACAAUCAUUAUUUAACAUUUUAAAUUCACAGCCAUAAAGAUGGGUCGACCCAAAAAGGGGGAGCUGAGUUACAGAAAACCCAUGAAGAAAAAUGGUCACAAGCAGCAGAUGAAGCCAUAUGACAAGCAGCUGAUUGGUUCCAACAGGUCAUCCAUGUCCAGUGAAUAUGAUCAGGAUGAUCUGUCAACUUCUGGAGAUGUGUUUGAGCACAUGGCACCCCAACAUGUACAUCCUGGACAUCAGCAAAUGAACUCUCAAUUGCAUCAACAGCCUCAGCCGCAACAAGGCGGCUUUAGCUUGGGGAGCAUCCUGCACGACUGCAUGACGGUUCAGGAUUGGGACCAGAAGGUGGAGAUAACUGAGCUAGAUCAGACCUCUCACAGACCUUCAUCUCACUCUGUGGCCAUGACACCCUCAUCUGUCAGUGGAGUUGUCGACCUUUCAGACCAUCUUCCAGAAGAUGGAAGGCAAGUCAGUCCACACAUGAGGCAUGCAAGCCCGACUAUGCAUCCGGAUAUGGUUGGAUUACAUCAGCGUCAAACUCAACGAAUUCACCACCAACAACAUCACCAACUUCAGCUUCAGCCUCAUCAACACCUGGAGGACAUUGACCAGCUGCCCCGAGACAUGCAUCAUCAUCAGUCCCUGGGAUCAUUCCAGGAGCACAGCCAAAAUCCUGAAGGCCUUCAGGUCAUCCCCAGCAUUGAUUUCUCCGGUGACCAUGGUCUUCCAGACAACAGGGUCAUCAAGGUUGAAAAUGUCCAACUUCACGAAGGUGCUGAGGGUGCAUUCAAUGAAAAUGCCGUACUCGAAGACAUGCAAAAUCUUCAGGCAAUCCAUAAAUCCGAAUUUCACUCAUACCAGCUUCAUGGUGUGGACAGUAAUUCAGUGUACACCAUGGCUGAACCCAGGGCUGCAUCAGUCCCGACGGGAACUGCGUCUUCUAUUUCUCAGAUGGCGCCGAACAUGAAUUCUCAGCUUGUUGCACUUAACAUGUCAGCUCAAAACAUCUACGCACCUCAGGGACAAGAAUUGAUAAUCAUUCACAGUAUGAAUCAAGCACAUCAGUCUGAUUUGAUUCAUACCCAACAGAUGGCUCUGAGCCACGAGCGUAUGGAGCAGGGCAUCGACCAAGCACAGUCAAAUCAGGAAAUGGGUCACAGCCAACAGGAUAUAGACCUGAAUGAGAACCACCAAGUCUUGGCAAACCAAGGUAUAAGUAGAACUAACCACCAUAAUUUGAUGGCCGCUUCAAGUCAUGGAUAUCACAAUUUGAUGACCCGGAAUGUCAUCUACAGUGACAUGAAUGGUAUUCAAACACAGAUGUAUGUGCCCGAAAACAAUUCCACUGCAUCACAGGGACCUAGUGAUACCUCACCCCAGUUGUCUGGCUCCCCCAGACCAAGACUUGUUCGUGAUACAAAUGAAUCCAGCUACACUGUUUUAUCCUCUAAAGGCCAGCAUUCUGAAGCCUCCUCUCCAUCUCAGCUUAAUUUGUCCCUCAUGGCCAACAACUCUCAACACAAAGUUCAGCGCGUGCGCAGUCCUAUUGCUGCCAUUCUCCAACAGCACAGAGAAGACAUACAGGCGGGGAGACCUGUACAGUUGACUUCUGAAGAAAUAGAGGAGCUUUUGAAUACCGUCAAUGCUGAGCAGGCCAGAGGCAACCAGAGGUUUCUAAACAACGAGUUAUCGGUUGCCAGAAAUCAACGAGAAGUUCUAGAACAGGAUGGUAUUGAUCUGAGGAGACAGUCUGCGCACAAUUAUGGGGUCAGCGAUGGGCAGCAGAUCGAUGAGGCAGGUCAGUAUAGCAGGCAUAAUGAGGGCAGGCACUACCUUAACAAAAGCCCCUAUCAAAACAACAAUGGUCAGUACACGAGUACCAGUCCCAUAAACCAGACAAUGGCGAGGGGAUUAGGCCGACAGUAUCAGAACCAGGCCUCGCCUGGCUCUGAUUCUAGCAACAAUGAAAGGCAGGACCUACAGGGAGCUUACACGAAUAACAAUAAUGGCCACUACAUGUCCUUUCAUCAGAACCACACAGACCAAAAUGGUCAAACCGCCCAUCAGGAUCCAUACGAUGAUAGCUUUAACAGUAGCAUAAUUAGGGACUCCACCCUGCUUCAUGAGAUCAACAGGAUAUUUCUAGGCAUUGACAACUCAUGUGAUACAUAUGGCUGCAGUCAUCAAAACAACAGCGACAACAACCGAAUAGAUGACAGGGCGCUCACCUCGUAUUUUUCACCUGAUGAAUUUUCUCCAGAGAUCUCUCACAGAUACUGGCACAGCUUUCACCCUUCUAAUCACUUCAUAUCCAUGGUGCCAGAGAGGCAAAAGAUAAUUCAAGAUGUUUUAGAUGCUUUUGACAAUCUUCAGAAGACUUAUGUUAUGAAUGAGCCAGAAUAUGUCAAUGUAAGUCAAAGCUUUAUUUAUAUUUAUACAUAAUAUAAAUGUUAAAUUUCUUUCCUUUAAAUUCCUUUGUGAUGAAGUUUCAAUUUUUUAUUUACCUUUUUUUUUUUUUCACCUUCUUUCUCAAUAAUUUAACUCUCUAAAAAAGUGGAUCUCAACCUUUCUAAUGUCACAUCCCUUCAAUACAUUUCCUCAUGUUGCGGGGAUCCCCAACUAUAAAAUUGUUUUCGUUUCUACGUCAUAAAUAUGUGUUUUCAAAAUGUCUUAAGCGACCUCUGUAUAAGAAGAGUCAUUCGACCCCCAAAGGGGUCACGACCCACAGGUUGAGAACCGCUGCUCUAAAAUCAAAUGACAUGGAAAACAGCUAUCUGAAAUUGUGCUCCAUAAGCCCUAGUGGUUAUUUCAAUCACUGUACCAUGUGUAUUAGACAUCACUGCACGGCCAAUCAAGGAUAUCACUGCCACGGUGUUGAUUGGCUACUCAACUAUUUCAUGUGUUGACUCUGAGCUUAGACACUCUAUGGUCCAUCAGUAUCAUUGCCCCCCCCCCCUCCCAUUCAUCCUAUUUAUAAGCUUGGAGUGGUGUGGCUACCCAAUGUAAUAGCUUCCAAAGAGACUGAGGUGAAACCUGGCAUGGCAACCUUAGUCUCUCCCUUUUCCUACCCUGUGCAUUAAUGAACCAUUAUUACGAAAGCUGUCACAUUAAUGGACCAUUAUUAUAAAAGUCUGUCACAUUAAUGAACCAUUAUUAUAAAAGUCUGCCACAUUAAUGAACCAUUAUUAUGAACGCUGUCACAUAAUGAACCAUUAUUAUGAAAGCUGUCACAUUAAUGAACCAUUAUUAUGAACGCUGUCACAUAAUGAACCAUUAUUAUGAAAGUCUGCCACAUAAAUGGACCAAUAUUAUGAAAGCUGUCAUAUUAACUAACAAUUAUUAUAAAAGCUGUCACAUUAAUGAACCAUUAUUAUAAAAGUCUGUCACACUAUUGAACCAUUAUUAUGAAAGCUGUCACAUUAAUGAACCAUUAUUAUGAACGCUGUCACAUAAUGAACCAUUAUAAUGAAAGCUGUCACAUUAAUGAACCAUUAUUAUGAACGCUGUCACAUAAUGAACCAUUAUUAUGAAAGUCUGCCACAUAAAUGGACCAAUAUUAUGAAAGCUGUCAUAUAAACGAACAAUUAUUAUAAAAGCUGUCACAUUAAUGAACCACUAUUAUGAAAGCUUUCACAUUAAUGAACCAUUAUUAUAAAGGGCUGUCACAUUAGGGAACCAUUAUUAUAAAAGCUGUCACAUUAAUGAACCAUUAUUUUAAAAGUCUGUCACAUUAAUGGAAUAGAAUAUAAAAACUGAAAUAAACAUUGAAUACACAUUGUUCUGCUUGUGAAGAGAUCCUGAACUUUUUUUUUCCAUGGACUAAAAAUGGCAGUAAUUGCAAAGUUUAUGGACAACCAAAAAAUAAUUUAAUUUAUAUGUUGAACUUGAACUUUGAUGCAUUUUUUUUUACUGAUUAUGCAAACUUUGUUGAUUUUUUUUUUUUUAUUAUUACAGAAAUAUUGUGGUUGAUCCAUCACAAAUAAUUAAUUAUAUUUAACUGAUUUUUUAAAAAAAUAACUUGGUGUGUUUUAUUUACCUAUAUGACGUCAUAAGUGUGUAUCCCUACUUGAUAUUAAAACUUUUAUUCAAUGACGUUAAAAUUUGUAAGACCAGUCAUUCGCAAAACUUGGCAUUUUAAUGUCUCCUAUAUCAGGGGUGUCGAAAUCAAUCGCCAAAACUCAUAUCACAUGUAACGUUGCGGGCCGAACAGGAUAAACAUUCAAUAAGCGGAAAAUUAAUCUUUUUUUUUUAAACAUUUAUAUAAAUGAAAACAGGAAAAAGUUUUAAUAAUUAAAAAUCAUUGGCAUACUCAUUUUCGCUCUUAAGCCAAUUUUUAAGAGCUGGAUGUUUGGCACAUUUUCUUGCGAAAACAAGUUCAUUUAUUUUGGGAGUAACGUUCUGUGUCAUUGAGAUUCUCAUGAUGAACUGCAAGUGUUCAUCAGUGAGAAGACUUCUGUGUGAUGUUUUGCUAAUCUUCAUCACAGAAAACAGCUGCUCACGCAGAUAUGUGCUACCCAACAUGCUCAAGGUUCGAGCCGCAUGAAGACAAAGCUUGGGAUGAAACGAGUGAACUGUGUAGGCCCAACUAUGUCGUACUUUGCCUUUAGUGUCCCAUUACACUCCAGCACGAUUAGCGCCAAUAGUCUUUCAACAAAGUGUGCAUUGGAAAACACCAUAGCGUUGAUUUGGAUAUAAGUGUACGCCGUUCAAGACCUGGUGGGCCUGAUAUGAUUGUAUGGUGGCCGGAUGUCGCCCGCGGGCCUUGAGUUUGACACAUGUGUCCUAGAUAAAUAGAAAAUCGAUUAGAGCAUCACCAAAAAAAUCAUGUGCUUGAAAUAACACAGCUCCUUAAUUUUACAUUUUCUAAUUUUUAAAAAAUAAUAUAUAAAGUUAAUGCUUUAAAGUUUUGCUUUAUGAAAUAACAGACUUAUCUGGCAAGAACAAUUCAUACAAUUUACAGUAAUGCUUUGUUUUGCAACAGAAAAAAUAUUUGGAUAAAAUGGCUGAAAUCACAGAUCAAUUGAUUCUGAUUUAGCUUUAAAUAUUUAGAUUUAAAGAAAACAUUCUAAUUCUAUUUUUUUUUAAUCCUCCAGAAAAAAAUGCCCCAUGAUCAGCUUGAACACUGGCAUCACAUACAGAGAAGAAUAGCAAGACAUGUGGUGGCUGGGCAGAGAUUCUGCAGAAAUAUUCCAGGUACUCUUUCAAUUAUGUUACAGUUAAGCAGAACUUUCAAUGGAACAAUCAAAUAUUCUUUUUCCAUUUUAUUGGAGGAAAAUUGGUUCAAGCAGUGUUAAUAGUUUCCCCCUCAUAUUCCACAAUAAACUAUAAAUUUAUUUCAUUCACAUCUUUAAAAAAAAUAUUCUUUGACAAUUAUUUUCUGUUUAUGGGACAGCAUUAAAAGUUACACUGUAUUGCAAAAAUGGGUUUUGAAUAUUUAAAAAGGAAUACUGAUGGGUAAUUAAAAAAAAAAAAUUCUAAAUCAAUAAUUGCCUUACCUUUUUGUGUGCUUCCUCUCAGCUAUUGAAGGAAAAUAGAAUAUGAUCUUUUGGAAUCUUUCUUUAACUUCAGGGUACUUUAAAUUGGAUAUCCAAGACAGAAUCUCACUGGGCAAGCAUGUGGGCUUUGGUUUAAUGGUUCUCAUCGCAUGUACUGAGUUCUAUGACCCAGAAUACAAACGUUUCAAGUACAUCUGGAACUGGACCAUGCCCAUGCAAAAUCCUCUGUUUUCAUACAAGGUCCAUCUGCUCUCACUUGGUGAUCGAAUCCAUGAGAUUCAAGUGGACAAGACAGAGGCAUCCAUGCUGUGUGCCAUAAGCAUGACUAGCAUAGGUUAGUACAUUUUUUUAGUUGUUGUUAUUUUCUUCUAAUCUAUGAGCAGACACUUGACUAAUAUGAUAUUUGCUACACAUGUUGAAGACAGGGCAAGUUACUCUCAUGCAAAGACAUUGUUACAUCUAAUUUGGCACAUUAAAAUUGUUUAUCAACUACUUUUCUACUACAGCCACACAGGAGGUGUGCAAAAGAAUAUGUACUCAGUACUGCAGUAUUAAAAUACAUAUGUCUAGACUUGAUUAGUGUGCAGUGUUAUCAAACAAUUUGAAUGUUGUGCCAUAUCUAAAGGGAGUAAAGGAAAUCUGAAUUUUAGAUUAUUUUUUUGGACCAAAAUCAAGAAGUUUAACCCCCCCAUUUUUUUUCACUUGUUGUAUUAAAAAUAAUUGCUCAAAAAGAAAAGCUACAAUAUAUAUUGUUGAAAUUCUAACAGAUUGUCCAGGAUUGGUCAAGCCAGGAGUUGUAUGUAUUGUACGAGAUGCCCUUCUCGAUGCACUGGAAGCCCA